UUUUCCUCAUAAGAAUCUACCAUACCUAGUAAACUUUUAGAGAGAGAGAGAGAGAGAUGGGUUCUCUUCCUCAUGUAGUCGAAGACUGCCUAGGAAUUGUCCAAGUAUAUAGCGACGGUUCCAUUCUCCGGUCGGAGGACAUCAACUUCCCAAUGGAAGUUCAAGACGACGGCUCCGCCGUCUGGAAAGACUGUUUAUUCGACAAGAAACACAACCUCCACCUCCGCCUUUACAAACCCCGCUCGCCUUCCGCCGCCAAGCUCCCCAUUCUAUACUUUUUCCACGGUGGCGGCUUUUGCGUCGGCUCCAGGACGUGGCCCAAUUGCCACAGCUGUUGUCUCCGCCUCGCUUCGGCGCUGCAAGUCCUAGUAGUGGCCCCGGACUACCGCCUCGCGCCUGAGCACCGUCUCCCCGCCGCCCUGGAUGAUGCUUUGACUGCCGUUAAGUGGCUCCAAAACCAGGCCCUGAUAUCCAAAAGCGGCGGUGGUGAUGAAUGGCUGGGGGAUGGAGUAGACUUUGACAGGGUUUUCAUAUUGGGUGAUUCUUCAGGCGGGAACCUGGCCCACCAUCUAGCAGUGGAGCUCCGCCGUGGGUCGCCGGAUUUGGCCCCGGUUCGGGUGCGGGGUUACGUGCUGAUGGCUCCGUUUUUUGGCGGGACAGUGAGAACAAAGUCUGAAGCAGAAGGACCACCCGAACAAUUCUUGAAUCUAGAGAUUCUUGACAGAUUUUGGAGACUAUCAGUGCCGAUUGGGAACAGCGCAGACCAUCCACUGGCAAACCCUUUUGGGCCAUCAAGCCCAAGUCUGGAGUCCAUAGAACUGGGCCCAAUACUGGUCCUGGUUGGAGGCAAUGAAGUGAUGAAAGACAGAAUCGAGGACUACUCCAAGAGAUUGAAAGAAAUGGGGAAAGAUAUGGAGUACGUGGUGUUCCAACACCACCAACAUGGCUUCUUUGUCAAUCAACCUUUCUCACAAGUCGCCAACUACGUUUUACAAAAAAUUAAUCAAUUUAUCUAUAAAAAUAGCUCCCUUUAGAAAUAUAUAUAUAUACUUUUCUUUUUUAUUUCUCUUUUUCUUUUCAUAUUCUGAAAAGAGAUCAGAUUAAUUAGAGCUAUAUAUAUAAUGUAAGUUUUUGGUUACGAUAGUUUAUACAGCGUAUAGUGUUGUUGGAGUGUGAA